AUGUAUCAAGCGGUCCAAGGCUGGCAAACGGUCUCCUACUUUAACCGAUUUACCUACGAACGAAACCGCUUCCACGAUGCAGUCGAAGCCCACCUUACAGCAAGCGAGAACAGUAACCUUCUUCAUCCUAGUCCCCCAGUCAUCUACGAAAUCACCCGCGGCAACGCAACCCCGGGCGCCUUCGUCUUCUUCCUCCAAUACUGGAGACGCCUCCUCACCCUCCUCACAACAACCCCCACCCAUCACCGACAAAGAAAACACCUCAAGCACCUCGGCUCGGUAGAAGGGAAGGUCACCUUCCAAAACGUCUAUUUCGCCUGCGACAAUCGAACCCUAAUGCUAAAGGACAUAACCAUCACCGCUGAAUCAGGCCAAACAGUCGCCCUAGUCAGCCAAACCGGCAUCGGGAAAUCCUCCCUCCUCAAACUUCUCCGUUUCUACGACGCCUCCUCCGAAUCCAUCACAAUAGACGACCACAAUAUCCGUGAUGUAUCCCUAAGCUCUCUCCGCGAAAGCCUAGGCGUCUUCCUACAAGACCCCCUCCUCUUCAACUCAACUAUCAUCGAGAAACUCCGGUACGCGCGCCCCUCCGCCACAGACGAGGAAAUCUUCUCCGCUUGCCGCGCAGCGGCCAUUCAUGAGAAGAUACUUACCUUUGCAAAGGGGUAUGAGAUGCGUGUUAGGGAUCAGGGGUAUAAGCUCUCUGGGGGCGAGUUGCAGCGUGUGGCAAUCGCUCGAGUGGUUUUGAAGGAUCCGCCUGUUUUUCUUUUGGAUGGGGCGACGAGUGCGGUGGAUCCGGAGUCGGAGUCGGAGAUUCAGGGGGCGUUGGAGAUGGCUAGGAGGAGGGCGACGUUUGUUAUUUCCACAUCAAAAUGCUAUUAUCGCUAG